AUGGACCAAAAAGUCUUUUAUACUAUUUUUAUGAAGGACUUUCCACUGCUCUUGGGCCUCGCCCCGGGUUGCAGCCCGGGGCCCAGAUCCGCCCGUGUCGAGGUGUACAAGGCGCAGCUCCCCGUGGAGCGCGAGGUGGAGCCCCGGUUCAUCACCAUCAAGAAGAUCAAGAAGCAGAACAGCGACACCCCCAACAACCUGAGCGACGAGGAGAGACGGCAGCUGGACAAGUGGUCCCGUCAGAUGCAGUCGGAGAUCCGCAGUGGCCACAUCCGCCACCGCAACCUGCUGCCGCUGGCGGCGCACGUCCCCCGCCCCGACUGCCACUACCUCGUCUACGAGUACAUGAAGAACGGCAGCCUGCACCACGCGCUCAAAGCCGACGGCAGCGGCAGCGGCGUCGCCGGGCUCUCGUGGCCCGCGCGGCUCCGCGUGGCGGUGGGCGUUGCGGCGGGGCUCGAGUACCUGCACGUCUCCCACGUCCCGCAGAUCAUCCACCGGGACCUCAAGCCCGCCAACAUCCUCCUCGACGACGACCUGGAGCCGCGCAUCACUGACUUCGGUCUGGCCAAGGCGAUACCCGACGCGCAGACGCACGUCACGUCGUCCCACGUCACCGGCACGCUGGGGUACAUCGCGCCAGAGUACCACCGGACGUUCAAGUUCACGGCCAAGUGCGACGUGUACAGCUUCGGGGUGAUCCUGGCCGUGCUGGCCACGGGGAAGGAGCCGUCGGACCCGUUCUUCACGCAGACCGACGAGGUGGUCGGGCUGGUCAAGUGGCUGCGGCGAGUGAUGCUGGCCGGGAACCACGCCGAGGCCAUCGACCCGGCCAUUGCCGGCGCCGAGAACGAGGAGUCAAUCGUGCUGGUGCUGCGCAUCGCCAUGUUCUGCACCGCCGACGAGCCUAAGGAGCGGCCCAGCGCCAAGGAAGUCCGCUGCAUGCUGUCGCAGAUCAAGAUUCAUCAGGAUUGGAAAUAG